AUGAGAAGAAUCGUUAUUAUAGGCGGUGGUGGCUACCUCGGUGUUCAUCUUAUUUCUAAGCUGCAGUUAUUAACCGACUACAAAAUAUAUAUAGUCGACUAUGCUCUGAGAGACUUCGAGGAUGUCUCGAUCGAUCGAGAUGCAAUAAUAUUUAAGAAAGGUUCAUUCAUAGACGAGGAAAUGCUUGAUGAGAUUUUAAAUGGGGCCGAUGUAGUAUUUCAUCUGGCGGCUGUUGGAAUGAUGGGGCUCAGUGCGGUUGAUUAUGACAACAUUGUGCGAGUAAACAUAGAAGGAACAAGACUUUUAAUUAAAAAAUGCCAGCAACAUGGAGUCAAACGUUUUGUGUACGCCGGCUCAGUGGCGGUUGAAUUCAUAGGGCAACCGAUUUAUGAUCAUUCCGAAACCACUGAGUAUCCGGAUAAGAACGUGUUUCUCAACUACUAUAGUUGGUCAAAAGCGGAGGCGGAGAAACUGGUUCUGAAAUCAUCAACGGAGUUCUUCAAAACAUGUGCUUUACGCUUUCGUGGAAUUUACGGACCAGCGGAGCCGCAUACUACGCAAAGAGUUGUGAAGUUAAUUGAAUCUGGACUAUUCAUGAUGAAAGUUUCGAUACAUGGCAAUCGCGAAGCCAUCACCCAUCACAGCAGCAUCAGGAACUGUGUGAAUGCCUUUUUGUUGGCAGAUGAGAUGCUGCAAAAAGAUGGCAAACCUCACGGAAAGGCAUAUCAUAUACUGGACGAAGGAGUUUGUGGGGCGUUUGAAUUUUGGAAUCCAAUCGUUGACUAUUUGCAUAGAAGACGCCCAAAGCUCUACUUUCCAUUUUCGAUUCUGAUAAUUUUCGCGAUAUUCUACGAACGAAUCUGCUUCUAUGUCUUUCAAAUGGAACCGAUUUUGACUGUAUCUGAACUCAAACUUCUUGCAAUUGACAAUACGUACAGCAUGGAUUUAGCUAAGCAAGAUCUUGGAUUCCUCCCAGAAGGAUCGAUGCUAAAUGAAGUUGUAAAACAUCUUGAAGAGCGUGAUAAGAAAUUGGGUCGCGAGCCGAGCCCGCCACAACCUACAUGUCUGACUCGCAUUAUUGUGAUUGUUUUCAUCCUCAUUCUCACAACUUUUUACAAAUGUUUUUAUUGCUUCAUUUGA